AUGUGCCUAACGCCACCUGUCAGGGAGGGGUGGGACAUUCUCUUUUUCCCAGAUGCCAACAGGUGCGCCAGGAAGGAGAAAUGUGAGCGCUCAUCAGAGCCCCGGCGCUUUGCAUCGGACAUCAAGCAGUGUGUGCGUCUCAGUGUCCACCCCAACAACAUAUCAGUGUCCCAGUUUAGUGUCACGUUGGUGUUGGAAGCCCAUAACGUCCCAGAACUUUCUGCAGGUGUCAACUGCACCUUUGAGGACUUGGCUGAGAUGAAUGGCUUGGUAGAAGGAAACCGGAUCAAGUGCUCCUCCCCUGCUGAAAAGGAAAUGCCACGCAUUAUAGUUGACAAAGGUGACCACCAGAUUGUGCAGCUCUAUCUCAAGUCCAAAGAGACAGGCCUGGCAUUUGCAAAUACCAGUUUUGUUUUCUACAACUGUAGUGUGCACAAAUCGUGUCUUUCAUGUGUGAGUAGUCCCUACCAAUGCCACUGGUGUAAAUACAGGCACGACUGUACCCAUGACCCUCGCACAUGUUCCUUCCAGGAGGGGCGAGUCAAGAAGCCUGAGACUGCAUCCUCCAUCCUGAACCAUACACAUAGUCUUACCUAAAGACACUGAUGAAACUGGGGACACUUCCUGUUCUCUUUGUCUUAUGAAAGCCACAGGAGGAUAUUUCCCUUUCUUCUUCUCCUGUCUACAGCACAGCAUGUUCAUAUCCUGAGCUGCUGCCAAACCUUUCCCUAAUAUAUCCAGCUGGUUGGGAGAUACCAAACACACAAAAAUAUUAAUGUUACUGAAUACACAUCACUAUCUCCUAGAAAAUAUUAGAACCUUGGUUUCCUUGUAUUGUUUACUUCUUGACUGGGCUGCGGUGAUCAGUGUUGUGGAGUUUAUUUACCAGAAACUUAUUGAUCAAGUGAUCAGGGUAAUUUUAUUAAAGAAGCUAAAUGCCAACAGUAGUAGCUGUUGGUUGCCAAUAUUAGACAGAAAUGGUAGGGAGAGGUGCUUUGGUUCGAUUCAGUGAAGUAUUUACAGAGUGAAGAGAGAAAGAGGAUGUGCAAAAAUUGAGGGUGAAAGCAGAUGUAUCAAAAAUGGAAGAAAAUUACAAACAUGCACUGAAAUUCAAAGAUUAAUGAGCUUAGAUCUGAAAACACAGCAAUGGAAAGGGCCCAAUAAAGCAAGACACAUGAGCAGCCAUGAUCAUAUAAGCUUUUGCAAACAGGAAAAUUAUAUUUUCAACAAUUUUACUCACACUAUCUGUCUAUUUUGCAUCAGAGUCUACAGACUAACGACGGAUCUUAUAAUAGUGAUAUUAUACAUUUGUACAUGUGAAUAUGUAUAUUUUCACAUUUUUUCCAGUAAUAACAAUGGAUUCUUACCAACAUUUUAGGCUAACUAUCUUUUAUUUCUACCCUAAAAUGAAGUGAUAAACCUGUUUAUAAUUCAACUGAUCAUUUGAAGACUUCUGUUUCUUGUAACAGUAAUGUAAUGUUAUUGUUUUAAUGUUGGUUUGUCCUCAGGUUCAAUGAGUAGAAUACUUUCAUAAUCAGUAGAAAUAAUGAUGCCACAAAAUUAUUU